GCCAAGAUGGUAGACUCUGAGAAUGAGAAUGGAGGUGGCAUAGCUGCAGAUGAUGAUGAUGAUGAUGAUGUUGAUCCUUUAGAUGCUUUUAUGAAUACUAUGAUAUUACCUGAGGUUGAGAAGCUUAGCAAUAUUAUUACUUCUCCCACAGCACUGCAGAACGAUGAUAUUUUGGAUUCUAGAAUGAAUGACAAGGAAAGUGGUGACCGGGCAAACAAAGGUUUUAAUAAGGUCCUUGGUAGGAUAAUUCAAGGUGACGAUUCUGAUUCUGAUUAUGAUUAUUCAGAACCAAAUGAUUCAAGUUUAGAAGAAGACGAUGAGGAGUUCAUGAAGAGAGUUAAGAAGACUAAAGCAGAGAAAUUGUCUCUUGUUGACCACUCCAAAAUAGAUUAUGAACCUUUCCAGAAGAACUUCUAUAUCCAAGUCAAGGAUAUCUCAAGGAUGACACAGGAUGUAGUUAAUGCUUAUACAAGGGAAUUGGAGCUAAAAGUACAUGGGAAAGGUGUACCAAGACCCAUCAAAUCUUGGUACCAGACUGGACUAACCAGUAAAAUCUUGGAUACUUUGAAGAAACUUAACUAUGAAAAGCCAAUGCCUAUCCAAGCACAAGCACUACCAAUCAUCAUGAGCGGACGAGACUGCAUUAGGGUUGCAAAAACCGGUUCAGGUAAAACCCUUGGCUUUGUUCUGCCAAUGUUGAGGCAUAUCAAAGAUCAGUUUCCCGUUGAAGCUGGUGAUGGGCCGAUUGGGUUUGUAAUGGCACCAACUAGAGAACUUGUUCAGCAGAUUCACAGCGAUAUCAAAAAGUUUGCCAAGGCAUUGGGUAUAAGAUGUGUGGCUGUGUAUGGAGGAUCAGGAGUUGCCCAGCAAAUCAAUGAUCUUAAGCGAGGUACCGAGAUUGUUGUUUGUACUCCUGGCAGAAUGAUCGAUAUUCUUUGCACAAGCAGUGGGAAAAUCACCAAUCUGCGAACGGUCACAUUUUUGGUAAUGGAUGAAGCUGACCGUAUGUUCGACAUGUGUUUUGACCCUCAAAUAACUUGUAUUGUACAAAAUAUUCGACCUGGCCGUCAAACUGUGCUCUUCUCUGCCACUUUUCCACGCUAGGUUGAAACUUUGGCACGUAAAGUCUUGAACAAUCCUGUGGAAAUACAGGUCGGUAGGCGGAGUGUUGUGAAUAAAGAUAUAACUCAGUUAGUUGAAAUCAGACCGGAGAGUGAGAGGUUCACAAGACUUUCUGAACUUCUUCUGGAAUGGUAUGAGAAAGGAAAAGUUCUGGUCUUUGUUCGUUCACAGGACAAAUGUGAUGCUUUGUAUAAUGAGAUGACCAACUAUGAUUAUCCCCGUCUAUCUCUUCGGGGUAUGGACCAAAGGCAUCGUGAAUCAGCUAUAUCUGGAUUUAAGAACAAUUUCCGCAAUUUGUUGAUUGCCACAAGUGUUGCAGCCAGGGGUCUAGAUGUGAAAGAGCUUGCUUUGGUUGUAAACUUUGAUCCGCCGAACCACUAUGAAGAAUACGUGCAUCCUGUUGGCAGGACAGGCAGGGCAGGGCGGAAAGGAUGUGCUGUAACAUUUAUCUCUGAGGAUGAUGCAAAUUAUGCACCAGAUUUAGUAAAGGCCUUGGAACUAUCUGAGCAGCCAGUACCAUAUGCUGUGAAAGCACUAGCCGAUGGGUUCAUGGCGAAGGUUAAACAGGGUAUUGAGCAAGCUCAUGGAACUGGCUAUGGUGGCAGUGGCUUUAGAUUCAACAAAGAGGAGGAGGAAGUCAGCAAAGCAGCAACGAAAGCACGAGCAAAGAUUGCACAAGCAGAGUAUGGCUAUGAGGAAGAGAAGUCUGACUCAGAAGAUGAAAAUGAUGUAGUAAGAAAGGCUGGUAGUGAUAUCUCACAGCAACAAGCUAUGCUUUCUCAGAUGGCCGCCAUUGUUGCUGCUGCUGCUGAAGCUACUGUGACUGCUAACCAAUUGAUGCCUAACGAUGGAGGGCUUGUUACUGUGGCAGGUGUCCCUCCUAGUGAUGGAGCAGGCCGCGUUGCAGCCAUGGCUGCUGCCGCUAACCUGCAACACAACCUUGCAAGGAUUCAAGCAGAUGCGAUGCCUGAACAUUAUGAAGCAGAAUUGGAAAUCAAUGAUUUCCCACAAAAUGCUCGGUGGAGAGUCACCCACAGAGAAACGCUUGGUCGAAUAUCAGCGUGGAGCGGAGCCGCCAUUACCGUUAGAGGUCAGCAUUAUGAGCUAGGAAGUAUGCCGGGACCUAAGCAACGCAAGCUUUAUCUGUUCGUUGAAGGGCCUACUGAAAAUUCUGUCAAAACAGCAAAAGCUGAACUCAAGCGUGUUCUUGAAGACGUAACUAAUCAAGCCUUCUCCCUUCCUGGAGGAACACAAGCCAGAAGAUACUCUGUCCUAUAAAACCAUGAGGUUUGUGAUUCUUGGAUACUCUCAGAAAACAAGUAUAACAACAGUUGCAGAGUCUUAUUAUAGACUUGACUUGGUGUAACAACAAACAUCAAUUAGAUUGGUGGUGGUUUUCUUUCAUUACCGUCGUUCUCUCUUUCUUGUAUAUAAUAUUUUGUUAAUCAAA